AUGCUCCGCCACCUUCAUCCGAAUCCUUCAACCUUUGCCAGCGUCAUUCACUUACUACAGACCACGCACCUAUCGGCGUCUCCCGCAUCGUGCCGCGUCUUUUCACUCCUGUCCGCCAGUCCCCAUUAUGCCGAAGAUUUUGACGUGUUGGGCUUCACCCGUAGCAUCACAACAGGUCCACCAAGUAAAGAUGAUCAUAAUAAGAAGCCAACAAGUAGUGGAGACGCACUCUGCUGUCCACAAUGUAGUGCGACACUUGUACUUGCUACACCACUUAGUGCGGACAAGUUGACGUCAUCAAAUCCAUUGGCAGCCAAUAUAUUAACGACGUCAUCAUCAACUUCAAGUGCUUUACCUUCCCCUUGUGAGUUUAAAAAGGGCGACGUGGUCAAAUGUGUCAAGUGUAAUUUGCAUUUUGCACUCAAGGUACAGCCCCCCGUCUCACCAAAACCAGCAUUUCACAAUGCAGCGGCAGCAGCAGCAUUAAGCUCUUUAAGUUCAUCGUUGUCGCCAGGAAUGUCACCGACAAUUCGUGGGUCAAAUGCAGGUGGUACUACGUACAGCAAUUACUAUCCGACUCGACCACCAAGUUGCAUGAAUGCCGAUGGCGAGUACGAGAAAUUGGCCAAUGAAGCGCAUUCGUUUGGACGAGUUACAGUAAAUUCGACAAAGGAUCGUGUAUUAACUCCUCGAGAGAUUUAUGAAGGAUUGAAUGAAUAUGUCAUUGGACAGGGCCAUGUCAAGAAAACACUUGCUGUGGGUGUUCAUAAUCAUUACAAACGUUUACAUGCAUUGGAAUUACUUCAAGCGAGGAAAGAAGCAGAAGCGGUCUGUGCAAAGCAAAAUGCCAGAGACCAGCAUCAGCAAUACCAACGUGCUGGUGGUGUAGUUCGUCACCAUUUGGACGCUACUGACGCUCGGCUGUCGAGUGUUGGUCGUCCAUUACUGUUGGAAAAGAUUUAUCACGGACCACAGAAUCAUGAGAGUGAAGGAAGAUCGCAGGGCACAAAGCAACAUGCAUUGGAAAAUACUACAGAAGCAUCAGAGUCAAGUACAGCUGCAAACUCUCGUGCAACGACGUUACAACACCACACUUUGGGAGACAAGCUGCAAUAUUUAGAAGGUGUGGAGCUAGACAAGUCGAAUGUCAUGCUCAUUGGACCAACUGGUUCGGGAAAGACACUGUUGGCCAAGACUUUAGCACGAUUGGCCAAAGUUCCCAUUGUAGUUGCAGACGCGACGUGUCUGACACAAGCAGGAUAUGUAGGUGAAGAUGUUGAGUCGGUGUUGUAUAAGUUGUACCAGGAGGCUAACUAUAACCUGGAAGCCACGCAACGUGGCAUUAUAUAUAUUGAUGAAAUCGAUAAGAUUACGCGGAAGAGUGAUAACGUAAGUAUUGCGCGCGACGUGUCGGGCGAGGGUGUUCAGCAAGCGCUGCUGAAGAUUCUCGAAGGAAGCAUGGUGAAUGUGCCUGAAAAGGGCGGCCGCAAGAAUCCGCGUGGUGAGUGCAUUACCAUUGACACAACCAACAUUCUGUUUAUUUGUGGUGGCGCGUUUGCCGGUCUGGAGAAGCAAGUCACACGACGCACGUCGCGUGCAUCAAUCGGUUUUGGUGCCAAGAUGCCCAACAUGCGCUUAACAGACAGCGAACAGAUGGGUGAGGUACUUUCGCAAGCGGAGCCAGAGGACUUGGUAUCGUAUGGACUUAUUCCGGAGUUUAUCGGUCGUUUUCCGAUGCUUGUAAGCACGACAGGACUAUCUAAGGUUGAGCUGGUGCGGGUUCUUACCGAACCGAAGAACAGUCUUGUUCGGCAAUAUAAGGCACUGUUUGCGUUGAGUGACGUCAAAUUUUAUGCGACGGAAGGCGCGCUUGAGGCAGUGGCAGAAUUCGCGUUGCGCAGGAACACAGGAGCACGAGGCCUUCGCUCUAUCUUCGAACGUGCACUCAUGGACACUAUGUUUGAUUUGCCCGACAUGAACGAUGUGCGUGCCGUGUACGUUGACGAAGAGGCUAUCCUUGGACGCAAGCGACCUGUGCUUAUUCGAGGUGACAUGACACUUGAUGAGUACCUCAAAAAUCUCGAGGAUUGCAGCGAUAAACGGGAAGAGGCUGUUUAA